UUCGAGGACCUCCUAAAGGUGCAUACUUUCCUAAAGGCCAAUGCCAGUUGGUUACAGUCACAUUUACUGGCCGCGGAGGACGAUAGCAGCGUUGAGGUCAUUGAGGAUGGACCUGUCCUCAGUGUUGGUUCCGCAGCUGACCUCAGGCAGAAGCUUCAAUUACCCAAAUGUCUGGAUGUUUCGGUGAUUAUCUUCCAGUACGCUUGUGGUUCUAUGGCUAUUUUACUAUAUCCUGAAAUUAGUGCACAGCAAGUUCUAAAACGAACGAUCUGCUAUUAUGCAGAAUUCACCUUCACUAUGACACGCUGCAAAUUGUGA